GGCGGCGGCUGCUGGCGCGGGGCAGCCCAGUGCGAGCGGCGUAGACGCGGGAUCAGUGGCCGGCGCUAACCACGAUAUGGAGCCGUCCGGGGGGAGCCUGGGACCCGGCCGCGGGACCCGGGACAAGAAGAAGGGUCGGAGCCCGGAUGAGGUGCCUGCGACUGGCGGCGACGGCGGCAAACCCAAGAAAUUUACUUUGAAGCGGCUCAUGGCAGAUGAGCUGGAAAGAUUUACCAGCAUGAGAAUUAAGAAGGAGAAGGAAAAGCCCAAUGCUGCCCACAGAAAUUCUUCUGCAUCAUAUGGGGAUGACCCCACUGCACAGUCAUUGCAAGAUAUUUCUGAUGAGCAAGUUCUAAUUCUCUUUGAACAAAUGCUGGUGGAUAUGAACCUGAAUGAGGAGAAGCAGCAACCUUUGAGAGAGAAGGACAUUGUCAUCAAACGGGAGAUGGUGUCCCAAUACUUGCACACUUCCAAGGCUGGCAUGAGCCAAAAGGAGAGCUCUAGGUCUGCCAUGGUGUACAUUCAGGAGUUAAGGUCAGGCUUGCGGGAUAUGCAUCUGCUCAGCUGCCUGGAAUCCCUUCGAGUGUCUCUCAACAAUAACCCAGUCAGCUGGGUACAAACCUUUGGUGCUGAAGGCCUUGCCUCCUUAUUGGACAUCCUCAAACGACUUCAUGAUGAGAAAGAGGAGACUUCUGGAAGCUAUGAUAGCCGGAACCAGCAUGAGAUUAUUCGCUGCUUGAAAGCAUUUAUGAACAACAAGUUCGGAAUCAAGACCAUGUUGGAGACAGAAGAAGGAAUCCUACUACUGGUUAGAGCCAUGGAUCCUGCUGUUCCCAAUAUGAUGAUUGAUGCGGCUAAGCUACUUUCUGCCCUUUGUAUCCUACCGCAGCCAGAGGACAUGAAUGAAAGGGUCUUGGAGGCAAUGACAGAGAGAGCUGAGAUGGAUGAGGUGGAACGUUUCCAGCCACUACUGGAUGGAUUAAAAAGUGGGACCUCCAUUGCACUCAAGGUGGGAUGCCUACAGUUGAUCAAUGCUCUUAUCACUCCAGCUGAAGAACUUGACUUCCGAAUUCACAUCCGAAGUGAACUGAUGCGCUUGGGGCUACAACAAGUGUUGCAGGACCUGCGAGAGAUUGAAAAUGAUGAUAUGAGAGUUCAGCUAACUGUGUUUGAUGAACAAGGGGAUGAAGAUUUCUUUGAUCUGAAAGGACGGCUGGAUGACAUUCGCAUAGAGAUGGAUGACUUUAGUGAAGUCUUCCAGGUUCUCUUAAACACAGUGAAAGAUUCAAAGGCGGAGCCACACUUUCUGUCCAUUCUACAGCACCUACUUUUGGUCCGAAAUGACUAUGAGGCUAGACCACAGUACUAUAAGUUGAUUGAAGAAUGUAUUUCCCAAAUAGUUCUACACAAGAAUGGGGCUGAUCCUGACUUCAAGUGCCGGCACCUCCAGAUUGAUAUUGAGGGGUUGAUUGAUCAAAUGAUUGAUAAAACAAAAGUGGAAAAAUCUGAAGCCAAAGCUACAGAGUUGGAAAAAAAGCUGGACUCAGAAUUAACAGCCCGCCAUGAGCUCCAAGUAGAAAUGAAAAAGAUGGAAAGUGACUUUGAACAGAAGCUUCAGGAUCUUCAAGGAGCAAAAACUGCAUUGGAUUCUGAAAAGCAUCAGAUUGCUACAGAGAAACAAGAUCUGGAAGCAGAGGUGUCUAAGCUGACAGGAGAGGUUGCUAAAUUGUCGAAAGAACUAGAAGAUGCCAAGAAAGAAAUGGCUUCUCUCUCGGCUGCAGCUGUUGCAGUUGCUCCUGUUCCCAGUAGUGCUACUGUCCCCCCUGCCCCUCCUCUGCCUGGUCACGCUGGCCCUGUUAUUCCACCCCUAGCUUCUACUUUACCUGGAGGGGUUAGCAUCUCACCUCCACCCCCACCCCCACCCCCUCCCCCUCCCCCUCCUUUGCCUGGGAGUGUUUGCGGUCCCCCUUCCUCUUCCUUGCCUGCAGGUACUGGCAUCCCUCCACCUCCUCCUCUACCUGGGGGUGGUAAUAUUCCCCCACCCCCUCCUUUGCCUGGAGGUGCAGGUAUCCCGCUUCCUCCUCCAUUGCCUGGAGGUACAGCCAUUCCCCCACCUCCUCCCUUGCCUGGGGGUGCUGGCAUUCCCCCACCUCCUCCUCUUCCUGGGGGUGCUGGUAUCCCCCCACCCCCUCCCUUGCCUGGAGGACCAGGAAUGCCCCCUCCCCCUCCCCCUCUUCCUGGUGGUGCUGGAAUUCCUCCACCCCCUCCAUUUCCUGGAGGUGUUCCUCCACCUCCACCUCCACCUGGAAUGGGAAUUCCUCCGCCUCCUCCCUUUGGAUUUGGAGUUCCGGCAGCCCCAGUUCUGCCAUUUGGAUUAACCCCCAAAAAAGUUUAUAAGCCAGAGGUCCAGCUCCGGAGGCCAAACUGGUCUAAGUUUGUGGCUGAGGACCUUUCCCAGGAUUGCUUCUGGACAAAGGUGAAAGAGGACCGCUUUGAGAACAAUGAACUUUUUGCCAAACUUACUCUUGCCUUCUCUGCCCAGACUAAGACUUCCAAAGCCAAGAAAGAUCAAGAAGGUGGAGAAGAGAAGAAAUCUGUGCAAAAGAAAAAAGUAAAAGAGCUAAAGGUGUUGGACUCCAAAACGGCCCAGAAUCUCUCAAUUUUUUUGGGUUCCUUCCGCAUGCCCUACCAAGAGAUUAAGAAUGUAAUCCUGGAGGUGAAUGAGGCUGUUCUGACCGAGUCUAUGAUCCAGAAUCUCAUUAAACAGAUGCCAGAACCAGAGCAAUUAAAAAUGCUUUCUGAACUGAAGGAUGAGUACGAUGAUCUGGCUGAAUCGGAGCAGUUUGGUGUAGUGAUGGGCACAGUGCCCCGUCUGCGGCCUCGCCUCAAUGCUAUCCUCUUCAAGCUACAAUUCAGUGAACAAGUAGAGAACAUCAAGCCAGAGAUCGUGUCUGUCACUGCUGCCUGUGAAGAGUUGCGCAAGAGCCAGAGCUUCUCCAGCCUCCUGGAGAUUACCCUGCUUGUUGGAAACUAUAUGAAUGCUGGCUCCAGGAAUGCUGGUGCUUUUGGCUUCAAUAUCAGCUUCCUCUGUAAGCUUCGAGACACCAAGUCUACAGAUCAGAAGAUGACGUUGUUGCACUUUCUGGCUGAGUUGUGUGAGAAUGACUAUCCUGAUGUCCUCAAGUUUCCUGAUGAACUUGCCCAUGUGGAAAAAGCCAGUCGAGUUUCUGCUGAAAACUUGCAAAAGAACUUAGAUCAGAUGAAGAAGCAAAUUGCUGAUGUGGAACGUGAUGUUCAGAAUUUCCCAGCUGCUACAGAUGAAAAGGACAAGUUUGUUGAAAAAAUGACUAGCUUUGUGAAGGAUGCCCAGGAGCAGUAUAACAAGCUGAGGAUGAUGCACUCUAACAUGGAGACCCUCUAUAAAGAACUAGGUGACUACUUCGUCUUUGACCCCAAGAAGUUGUCUGUGGAAGAAUUCUUUAUGGAUUUGCACAACUUUCGAAAUAUGUUUCUGCAAGCAGUCAAGGAGAACCAGAAGCGCCGCGAAACAGAGGAAAAGAUGCGGCGAGCAAAGCUAGCCAAGGAAAAGGCAGAAAAGGAACGGCUAGAGAAGCAGCAGAAGAGAGAGCAACUCAUAGACAUGAAUGCAGAGGGUGAUGAGACAGGUGUGAUGGACAGUCUUCUAGAAGCCCUACAGUCAGGUGCAGCAUUCCGACGGAAGAGAGGACCUCGUCAGGUGAACAGGAAGGCCGGAUGUGCAGUCACAUCUGUGCUAGCUUCAGUGCUGACUGAGGAGGAUGCCAUGACUGCGGUUCCUGCCAAGAUGCCCAAAAACGAAGGAGCCUCCACAAUUCUUGAGGAAGCCAAGGAGCUUGUUGGCCGUGCUAGCUAAAGCUGGGGGCUCCAUGGUGAUAGUAGCUUCUAAAUGGAGCCCAGACUGUCCACCUGCAGCAUGUGCCUAAAUGGUCAAAGGGAUGUUCCUCUGCAGUGGCCACUCAACCACCUGACCCUGUCCUCCUUUCUGGUCCACUGCUCUCUGAACAUCACAUACAGCUUCAGCUGUCUGGAGGCCAGAAGGAAAAGGCAGCAUGGGGAAGUCCUGAGGCCAACUCAGCCAACCCUGGCUGUUGUAUCACCAAAGCAGGGUCUGUGUUUGCUGCCUUAACCCUGUUUCCUUUCUGUUACUCUGAAGGCCUCGCCUCAGACAAGACCCAGCCUGCUCUGUAAGCCCCACUUUCUAGUGGGCCUUCCUGUAGGUCAAUCUUGCUGGAUUUGUGCUUUUUUUUUUCUUUCUUCGUUUCUCUGGCCCUGAGAACAGCAUGGGGCUUGUGAACCUUUGGGCUAGAUCCUUCCUUUCAUUGCUGUCAACUCUGCUCCCCUUCCCCCCUGGCUGUUGUUAUUUAUUACUAGUGCUGUGGCUUUGGGACCUGUUUUUAAGGAAGCAGGGAACUAAUCCCACCCCACUCACCUCUCUGGGAAAAGCCUCCCAAACAAAGGGUCUUGACCAUUCUAUUUGUUCCACUGUGGCCCAGGCCUGAGCCUCAGGCUGGUAAUGAGGCCAUAGCAAUAGUGUGGAGCCUGCUGGCUGCCAUGCUUUAUGCCCUUGGCUCCCUGGACCCUUUGUCUCAGCCUCUGGCCACUGAGCCAAGAUCCCUCAUGCCUUCCCCAGAGUUUUGGUGCAUCUCAUUUGGAGUUCGGGCUGUAGUAUGACCUUCCUAAGACCUCACGCUCUGUCUCCAAGGAAAUGGGAGGUGGAGCCUCCUGGCUGAGAAAUUGUUUUGCAAAUGGAUCUAUUUUUGUAUGAAAAAAAAUUUUUUAAGAAAAAAUAACUUCCUGUCCCCUUUUCCCUCCAUAAUAUAAGAGGCUUUGAUGAUAGGUUAAAGCAUUCCUGGGGCUUUACCCUACAGGCCUGGACCUUGGCUCCAGCCCUAAAGACUUAGAUCCUGAGGCCAAGGUAUCCUUUCCCAGAAUUAGUUCUCUUUUUGGGCUAGGGCAGGUCUGAGUGUCAGGAGCUUUGAGGCUACAGUUUUUAUGAAUUUAAUAAGUUAUCAAGCCAAAUGUGCAGAUGCUAAGUGGACACUGAAAAACGGGCACAAGGGGUAUGCCCACACUAUAUCCCUACUUCAUCCAAACGGUGAGUAAACCAAACUGUUGGUCACUUUUUUGCCCUCCCUGUGCCCUUUUGAGCCCCAUCCCCAGGUUACACAGAAUGACACUGUAGGGCUUGCACAGAAUUCUGGCUGUUAGGUAAGGAAGAGUUAGGAUAUUUGAGGAUGACUACAGGGGUCUGUGGCAAGGAAGGAGGGCAGUGGUGUAGCAGCUUUGAGCCCUUCCUGGGGAGGCUGCGCUGCAGGGGUCCUGUAUGUCCUGGGUCACCUCCGCCUUGCUCGCUGACAUCUGGGGCUUUGACCCGUUCUUUUUUAAUCUACUUUUGCUAAAAUACAUUAAUUAAAAAAUUUUUUUAGUAUGGGGGACAAAAUACAAACCCCUCACCUCAAGGCUUUGGGGAUGUCAUCACCUCUAGUUUGAUGGGUUUGUUUCCAACUGUUUAAUAAAGUGUUGAAACAACCGCC